GAAAUUGCAGUGGUCAACAUGCAACAGGAGUUUUUGGGGACGCGAGUUUCCUUGCCUUUUCUCGCUCGAGCCGUUUUCAGCCCUUUGUAGACACCAUGAAGCGGCGGAUCCUUCGCUGCAUGGGCGUGACCAGCUGUCUCAUCGUCUUCUCUGGCAGCGGGCGAGGGUCCCUAGCGCCGCCCAUGAUGAGGCAAGUGCCCCAGGGCUUCGAUGGGACUGUGAGUUUUGCCUCCGACCUAUCCACAGAAGCGGCCAGGAGAGCAACAGCAGCACUGGAUGCUGAGACGGUGUCCCGCGUGACCUCAGCCAGCGACUACGGUGGCUUGGUUUGCUUGAUGAAUAUCAUCGGCCCCAAGCUCACGGUUCAGAUGAACAUGGAGGCCAAAGCGCUUCGGCAAAGUCUGCAACCAUCAACGUACUGGAAUCGGUGGCAAGAAGGUCGAGGAGAUGCCUAUCGAUUAAUUGAUAAGGAGACUUGUGAGCUGAUGGGUUACAGCGCUUUGACCUUUGCGGUGCACCUAUUAGCCGCCGUCUGUCAACGGCUGGACGAGCUUGGUAGAGGUGGAUCGACUGGGGUGAGACCCACUUCGAAGCUGCAACUGGCAUGCUUUCCCGCCGGAUCUGAGGGCUACGUGGCCCACACGGAUGGAUCAGCACUAGAGGAGUUGGAGGAUUCCAUGCCACCUGAUCAGAGAGCUAUGAUCUCUUCCAGGAGAGUCACCGCGAUCCUGUACCUGAACGACCACUGGGACGAAUCCUACGAUGGGGCACUUCGGGCCUACGGAGCUGAGAGCAGGGCAGAGGACUCCUACGUCGAUGCCUUGCCGCAUGGGGGUUCUUUGAUCCUCUUCCGCUCCAGGGAUGUGAUCCACGAAGUGCGGCCGACCAGCCAUGACCGCUAUGCGCUGACCAUGUGGUACGUCACGUAA